AUGACACCCAAAGAAUCCGGCGACGUGUCGAACAUACUGCGUCCCCUUGGUCAGGAUUUACGGGGGAAAACAGCAAUCGUGACGUACAGCCCCCUUUACUUGCGUUUUUUGAAACCAGCAGGCCUCGCGCGUGGAGCAACACGAGGUAUCGGGCGAGCGAUAGCGUUGCACCUUGCAAGUCGAGGAGCAUCAAUUCUCGGCACAUUUUCGUCACCUGAGUCAGCCUAUCGACUUGACGAACUUACUCGCGCGGUUCUUGACCUGUACUGCGAUUUCGAGGUCGACGCGCCUAAAAUAGUGGGAGUUGCCGCCAAUGUGCUCUCUCUUGAUAGUCCCCGACUGAUAAAGGAGGCACUUAUCCGCCAUUUCGAAGGCAAGGUGAACAUUGUGAUUAACAAUGCCGCUUAUGAUCCAAUGCGGGCGAUGGGGACUCUGGAUGAUGCAUAUGUGCAAAAUGUAUUAAUGGGGAAUACGCACGCUUUGGUCAUGCUGAUGGAUACACUUUAUGCGCACAACAUGAUUCAACCAAACUCGAGAAUUGUGAGCAUCUCAAGUGAGUCAGGUCGCAGAAUCCCAUUCCCAGAAAUGUAUCUCGUUGGAGCUACCAAAGCAACGAUGGAAGCACUCACGCGGUCUUGGGCUGACAUCUUGGGUGCCAGCCCUACCACGACAGGUACUACUGUGAACGCGCUCCUUGUUGGUGCAACUGCCACAGAUGGCCUUCUCCGAGAGGCUCCAACUGUAUUUCGACAGAGAGCGACUGAUGCUCUUCAGUAUGGCUCGAAUCUCACGGAUGGAGUGGCACUGCCGGAGGACAUUGCGAAUGUUGCAGGAUUACUUGUCAGUGAGAGGGCUAAUUGGGUGACAGGAAGCGUUGUCUGUGCGAACGGAGGCAAAUUAAAAAUCUUGUGA